AUGCAGAGACUCUCUCCGUGUAUAGUACGUCGUUGUACAUUGACCAGAGAAAUGGCUAAAGUCUUAGGAUUUUGUGUCAUCGCAUUGACGUUAGCACCGGUGUCAUUAGCUUCUGACAACAUCGUUUUAUAUUCUGAAGACGAGAAACAAUUACAAGUGGAGUAUGGAAAAAAUACAACGUCGAAGAAUCUGAAGCUAAGCUUUUAUGAAGAUUGCAUCGAUAAAGACCUAUAUGUUUGCACCCCAAAAACAAAGAGCAAUGCAGAUUACUUACCUUACUUUUCGGAAUCAGAAAAACAAGAAUGUAAACAUUUUGAACAAAUAGCUCAAUCGAUGAAUGACGUUUUGCAGUUUUGUGUCGAUAUGGAAAGCAGUUAUUGGUUUGGUGGCGCUGAAACGGGCUUACAGGAAUGGCCUCUAAAUAAACUUAACUGGACAGACAGAUCGUAUGUGACAAAAGAGGUGGACCAUCAAGCAAUCUUAGAGUCGUAUUUCUUCAAUUCUGACGGGUUUUACAUACACAUUCACGAUUCAGUCGCCUUAUUUGUAGACAUUAACGGCCCAAGACCUGGUUAUAUGUGUUUUACGGCCAAAGUUGUCGCUCCGUACAGAAAAGUUAGGAAUGUCAUGCAAUUUCGGGUGUGCAAAUUUAGCGACCCUCGAAAGGCUCACGAAAACGCCAUUAAAGAUUUCCUCGGUUCGCCCCAGUCCAUACCCGAUCCUUACGUUGUGAAGCACCCGAUUUGGUCGACUUGGGCCAGGUAUAAAAAUGACGUCAACACAUCUGUAAUUUUGAAUUACGCUCGGGAAAUAGUCGACAGUGGAUUCCAGAGAGGUACGUUCGAGAUCGAUGACAACUGGGAAAACUGUUACGGCAGUGCAGAAUUUAACACAACACGAUUCGAGGAUAUUAAAGGGAUGAUAAACAAAUUAAAAUCAUAUGGUUUCAAGACUUCCUUGUGGACACAUCCGUUCGUAAAUAAUGAAUGUCCUAUUCACGAGACGGCCAAAAAAAAGGGAUACUUUGUGAAUAGUACAUCAGGCACAGUGAACUCCACUUGGUGGAAUGGCAAUGCCUCUUAUAUAGACUUCACAAAUCCCGAAGCAGCGGCGUGGUGGUCAAAUUCUCUACGCGAUUUAAUCGCAAAAUCUGGAAUAGAUACAUUCAAGUUCGAUGCGGGAGAAGCCAGUUGGAGCCCUCAACUUCCAGAGUUUUACGAUGAAGAUUUGACAUACUACCCCGAUAACAUUGUAACCGCAUACCUUAAAACUAUUAAGGCCUUUGGCAACGGUAUAGAAUACAGGACAUCCAGAAGAAGUCAGGAGUUGGGUUGCUUCUUACGGAUGUAUGACCGUGAAUCUCGGUGGGAUUUCCAACUGGGACUUCCGUCGUUAGUAACAUCUCUGAUACAGUUGAACAUGAUCGGAUAUCCGUUCGUGUUGCCGGAUAUGAUCGGCGGAAACGGCUACUUCGACUUACCGCCCUCCAAAGAGAUGUACAUCAGAUGGAUGCAAGCCGCCGUGUUCAUGCCGGUCGUGCAGUUUUCAUAUACUCCUUGGGACUUUGACGCACAGACAUUGGAGCUGUGCCGAUAUUUCAUGGAUCUCCGCAACAACUACACAGACACAAUAGUGGAUUUGAUGAAACAUACCGUCACACAUGGUAGCCCAGUGAAUCCUCCGGUGUGGUGGAUCGAUCCCACCGAUUCGGAUGCACAUGCAAUCGACGACCAAUUUAUGUUGGGCGAACAAAUCCUGGUAGCUCCGGUUCUCGUCGAAGGUGCAACUACCCGUAAUAUUUACUUACCCACUGGUUUGUGGAGGGAUGAGAACCAUCCCGGUAAUUCACUCCUGUACGGAAGAACUUGGCUGAUCGAUUACCCUGCCAGCCUUGAAGUCCUUCCGUGGUUCACUAGAGUUAGUCCCGAUGACCAACCAGAACCAUCCAGUUCGGUUUGCCAUAUGUCGUCUGCUACUUAUAUUAUCGCUUUAGGAUUUUGUGUCAUCGCAUUGACGUUAGCACCUGUGUCAUUGGCUUCAGACAAUAUCGUUUUAUAUUCUGAAGAUGAGAAACAAUUAAAAGUGGAGUAUGGAAAAAGUACAACAUCGAAGAAUCUGAAGCUAAGCUUUUAUGAAGAUUGCAUCGAUAAAGAUCCAAGUGUUUGCACCCCAAAAACAAAGGGCAAUGCAGACUACUUACCUUACUUUUCGGAAUCAGAAAAACAAGAAUGUAAACAUUUUGAACAAAUAGCUCAAUCGAUGAAUGAUGUCUUGCAGUUUUGUGUCGAUAUAGAAGGAAGUUAUUGGUUUGGUGGCGCUGAAACGGGUUUACAGGAAUGGCCUCUAAAUAAACUUAACUGGACAGACAGAUCGUAUGUGACAAAAGAGGUGGACCAUCAAGCAAUCGUCGAGUCGUAUUUCUUCAAUUCUGACGGGUUUUACAUACACAUUAACGAUUCGGUCGCCUUAUUUGUAGACAUUAACGGCCCCAGACCCGGAUAUAUGUGUUUUACGGCCAAAGUUGUCGCUCCGUACAGAAAAGUUAGGAAUGUCAUGCAAUUUCGGGUGUGCAAAUUUAGCGAUCCCCGAAAAGCCCACGAAAACGCCAUUAAAGAUUUCCUCGGUUCGCCCAAGUCCAUACCCGAUCCUUACGUAGUGAAGCACCCGAUUUGGUCGACUUGGGCCAGGUAUAAAAAUGACGUCAACACAUCUGUAAUUUUGAAUUACGCUCGGGAAAUAGUCGACAACGGAUUCCAGAGAGGUACUUUCGAGAUCGACGGCAACUGGGAAAACUGUUACGGCAGUGCAGAGUUUAACACUACACGAUUCGAGGAUAUUAAAGGGAUGAUAAACAAAUUAAAAUCAUAUGGUUUCAAGACCUCCUUGUGGAUGCAUCCGUUCAUAAAUAAUGAAUGCCCUAUUCACGAGACGGCCAAAAAUAAGGGAUACUUUGUGAAUAGUACAUCGGGCACAGUGAACUCCACGUGGUGGAAUGGCAAUGCCUCUUUUAUAGACUUCACAAAUCCCGAAGCUGCUGAGUGGUGGUCAAAUUCUCUACGCGAUUUAAUCGCAAAAUCUGGAAUAGAUACAUUCAAGUUCGAUGCGGGAGAAGCCAGCUGGAGCCCUCAACUUCCGGAAUUUUACGAUAAGGAUUUGACAUACUACCCCGAUAACAUUGUAACCGCAUACCUUAAAACUAUUAAGGCCUUUGGCAACGGUAUAGAAUACAGGACAUCCAGAAGGAGUCAGGAAUUGGGCUGCUUGGUACGGAUGUAUGGCCGUGAAUCUCGGUGGGAUUUCCAACUGGGACUUCCGUCGUUAGUAACAUCUCUGAUACAGUUGAACAUGAUCGGAUAUCCGUUCGUGUUGCCGGAUAUGAUCGGCGGAAACGGUUACUUCGACUUACCGCCCUCCAAAGAAAUGUACAUCAGAUGGAUGCAGGCCGCCGUCUUCAUGCCAGUCGUGCAGUUUUCAUAUCCUCCUUGGGACUUUGACGCACAGACAUUGGAGCUGUGCCGAUAUUUCAUGGAUCUCCGCAAUAACUACACAGACACAAUAGUGGAUUUGAUGAAACAUACCGUCGCACAUGGUAGCCCAGUGAACCCUCCGGUGUGGUGGAUCGACCCCACAGAUUCAAAAGCACAUGCAAUCGACGACCGUAAGGAAAUGCAUUUCACGUUUUGUUAA